CUCACGGAUUCCUCUCGAGUUGCUCCAUCCCUAAUUUUGGUCCGCUGGUAGUACUUCGAUUUAGGUCAGAUCUGGGGUUUGGUUGGGGUUCAGAGCGCUGAAUCGGGCGAAUCCGUGCUUGAUUUCUAGCGUUGGGGUUGGUAGAAUUUUGGGGCCGUUUUGAGUUGAUUGCGUGGGAUGAUUCCGGUGUGAGAUAGAUAAAGCUGUCGUGUCUACAGGUGAUCCAUCGCUCGCUCGAGCAGGCAGCAGCAGCAGCUCCUGCUUCUGGCCAAGGCGGCUAGAUUCAUUCCGCCGCCAUGAAGUCCGGUUCCGCUUCCUCCGGCCGCGAUGAUCCCUGGGCUCCUCCACCUACCUCCGGCAGCGGCAGCUCCAACGAGCCAGCCAAGAAGCAGCGCACGGAGCCGCCCCCGAGCUCAAGCCAGGCCGAGGCGUCCUCCUCUUCCCAUCCUCCACCACAGCCGCCGCCGCCGGAUGGCGAGCCGCCGAGGGUGCCGGAUCUCGGGGAGGACGCGAUAUUCGAGAUCCUGCGGCGGGCGGAGGCCCGGACGCUGGCCGCGGCGGCGUGCGUCAGCCAGGGGUGGCGGCAGCUGGCGGAGGACGAGCGGCUGUGGGAGGCCGCGUGCGUGCGGGAGUGGGCCAACCUCGGCUUCUCCCAGCAGCAGCUCCGCGCGGUCGUGCUCUCGCUCGGGGGAUUCCGCCGCCUGCACGCCGUCUACAUCCGCCCGCUCCAGCAGCGUGGUGCCGGGGCGCCGCACAGGCAGGGGAGGAGGCAGUUGCCUGUGAGGUUGGGCAGGGACCAGGUUCAGCUCUCGCUGUCCCUCUUCUCGAUUGGGUUCUUCCAGAACAUGCCGAACCAUCCUUUCCCCAAGAAGGACAAGGGUGGUGAUGGCAGCGAUAAGAGUGGAGGUGGGCAGUGCGGCUGAUCUGGUCUCUGCCUA